GCGAGGGUCGCUGGCCUGACUCCUGGCAGGCGCGAGGCUGGGUGGCCCAGGCGGCUGUCGAGUACCCCGACGGUGGAGACGAGGACCUCGGAGGGGCGGAGGCCGUCGCGCCCGCGCCCGUGGAGGACGGGGCCGCGCUGAUCGCCCCGUUGGCGGUGGCUCUGGGCAAAUGCUACUGCAGCACGUGCUACACAGCAGGCGGCCUUGAGCGGUGCCGGUUCGCGGUGCGGGCGCUGCGGGUCUCCAGCGCAGAGCCGCCGCUGCGCUUCGCGAAGGCCGAGUUCCUCUUCAGCGGUGACGGCCACUGGGACUGGGUGGCCAGCCACUUUGGGCAGCCGAGCGCGGUGACAGAGCGCCCGCUCAUCCACGGCACCGAGCUGAUCCACGUGGCGGACGGGGAGGAGCUUGGCUUCACGGACCUGCGGGCGCUGUUCGUCGAGUGCCAGGAGGCGAACCCAGAGGCGGCCUGGCCAGCAGCAUGCCUCGGGCCGCUGGUCGGCGCCGCCCCCCCCGCGAGGCCCGCUGCGGUGGCCAAAGCGACGGGUCGCCCGCCAGCCGCAGCAGGUCCUCCCUGGGCCCCGCCUGGCGCUGCCCCCUUCGACGGCUUCCGCUGCGUAGGAGGCUCGUCGCGCGGCCCUGGCUUAGAGCGGGCCGCAGACGGGGAGGCAGCUGCCGCGGGCGGCCUGGAAGGCAAGCUCGCAGGGGCUCGCGUGCGCCUCGAUGAGGGGAAGCGGGCUGCUGGAGACUUGGACCUGGACGGCUCCCCCCUCGGCGCAGAGGCGGCUGGCGAGGGGCCUGCGAAGAAGCGGUCGCUCGGGGACCUGCUGGUCGAGCGCGCCGCGAAGCUCAAGAGGGCCGCCUCGGACGCGGGCCCCCGAGGGUCAGGGGACCCUGUGCCCGAGCGGGCGCCGCCAGGAGCGGGUCUGAGCGGCGGCAUGGCGGAGCUGGCGCGGGCGCUCGUGAUGGCCAUCCGCGAGGGCAAGGAGGCUCCCCCUGGCGACAUCGGCGGGGGCGGCCUCGGCUCCUUGGACCCCGCGGCUGUGCCGCGCGACCUGGCCGCGGGGAGGGGGGAGGCGGCCGUCGACGCGACGGGCCCGAUCGCGCUGCGGUACCUCCUCACGAUUUACCUGCCGCAGGGUCCGGCGAAGGAGAUCGGCGUGCAGACGCACCGCGAGCUCCGCACCCUCGCGGAGGCGGCGGCGAAGUGGUUGGAGCAGAUCCCGCCGCGCGACGAGCCCACGGCCAUCUGGGGCGAGGACGAGGAGCCCAUUCGCAGCAUCCAGCUCGGCGAGAUGAGGCUGGACGAACUCUCCGCGCGCCUGGCCUCCGCCAAGACGUCGGCCCCACCGCCGUGGAAGAUGCCCUUCGCGGAGAUGCGGAAGGAGUUCCUGAAGCAGUCGGGGGAGACGAACACCCAGCACCGCCUGCGAGCCUUCAGAGGCGUCGCGGAGCCCCCGCUGGCCACUGCGCUGCAGUGCUGGUCCGACGAGCUCUCCCUCGGCUUCGGCAAGAACGUCGUCGCGGUCGACUUGGCGGCGCAGCUGGCGGCAGCGGAGGUGGACCGCUGGCUGGCCCACAGCACCUUGCCCAAGGCACGCAGGUGCCGCCGCCGCGCCGUGGCGCGGGAGGUCAGCGAGCAGGCGUGGCUGCACCUCAGCGCGGUGGUGCUCGACUGCGCGUUCUGCGGCCGCGCGCAGGAAGGCUGGCGCCACAGGCCGACCCUGUCGAAAGCGCAGACGCGGGUCUACGUGCACUUGAAGAGCCGAGUGGCGGCCCUGGCGGAGGACCCGCUCGCCAUGGGCGUGGUCCUUGCGAUCGACGAGCUGGCGGGCGGCUGCGGAUCAGCGUGCGAGGGCGAGACGGGCGUGAAGGCCCUUCCCUGCCGGCUCUACGAGCUGGCCCCUGGCCUGCCCGCGCGGGAGUGCGCUGCCACGCUCGACGCGAUCGACCUCGUUGACGACGAGGUCGGCGCUUGGCUGCGCCGCCCCGAGCUGGCGCUCCUCGACCAGUCCGACUGGCCCGACCCGCUGCCGCGGGCCCGCGUGAGCGUGGAGACGGAGGCGGACUGGGAGGAGCUGGCGUUGCACUUCGUGUCGCUCAGCAUCUUCACCACGCUCGCGGAGAGCGAGCUGGUCCGCGUGAGGGGCGAGCCCGAGCUGAACGGCCUGUUCGCGGUGGAGAAGAAGGGCACCCCAGCGCUUGGCGCCACGCGGGUCACCAGGCUCGCCCCCAGCAUGGUGCCAGGCGACUCGCUCCUGAAGGCCCACGUGGGCGAGGCGGCGCUGCUUGCGGCCUCGACGUCUUGGACGUCGGUCGUGAUCCCCGAGGGGAAGCUGCUGCUGUGGUCGGGCGACGACCAGAAGGGGGCCUCCUUCGUGUGGCGGGCCCCGCCCGCGUGGCACCCCUAUAUGGCCGUGGGGCGGCCGCUCGCGGGCAAGCUGUUUGGCCGCUCGGAGCCCGUCGCCUACGUGACCUCGGCUGUCAUCGCCAUGGGCUGGUCGCUCGCGGUGCCCGCUUUCCAGCACAUUCACCGACGGCUGUGGCGCCUGGCGCCGCCCCUCGGGGCGGGGCUUCCCUCGGGCAGGGAGUGGCGCAAGGAUUGCGCGCGGCCCCUGGUCGAGGCAGGCAGCGGCCAGGGCGCUGGCUGGCGGCAGGUCUACAUCGACGACUUCGAUGCGCCGGAGAUCGUCGAGGAGGUGUUGGCCCGCAAUCUCGCGGGGGCCCCGAGCGACCUCCAGCUGCAGGUCUACGCCAGCUACGAGAGGGCGAGCGCCUCCUUCUCGGCCAAGAAGGCGCACUGCAGGCAGCUGAAGGUCGAGCGCAUGGGCGCGGACGUCGACGGCGUCAGCGGGCGCCUCGCGGUCCCCGCCUCCAAGGCGCUGACCACUGCGGGCGUCUGCUUGGCCGCGGUGCAGCGGCGCCUGGCCCCGCGGCGCGUUGGCAUGGCGGCCCUCGGCGAGCUCGCGAGGGCCUUCGAGUUCAGGCGGCCACUCUUCGGGGUCCUGAACUCCGUCUGGACGCUGGCUGCGUCCUCAGCGCAGGAGGCUUACCUGGACGCGGAGAUGGUGGAGGAGCUCCCCAUGGGCGUGAUGGUCCUGCCGCUGGCCGCCUCCUCGCUGCGGGCGCGCAUCGACGGCAUGGUCACGUCCUUGGACGCGUCGGAGAUGGGCGGCGGCGUGUGCACGUCAGCCGGCCUGCGCGAGGAUGUCGCCGCCGCCUUGCAGGUGCCGAGGACGGUCCUCGACCAGCUGGGGAUAGGGGCCAGGCUCCUCAACAUGCCCGAGGACCCCGCCCGACCGUGGGCGGCAGCCAACCCGCGAGUCCCCGCCAGGGCAGUCCGCAGGAUGUUGUCGGUGCUGCUCAUCGGCCUGUUCGACGGCAUCGGAGGCCUCGCCGUCGCCUUCUCGAGGCUGCCCCUCCGCAUCGCGGCCUACGUCGCGGCCGAGACGGACGCCAAGGCGAGGCGCGUUGUCAGGCUCCGCUGGCUAGGUGUCAUCGACUGGGGCGACGUCACCCGCGUGGGCAGCGAGACGGUGCGGGACCUGUUCGAGGCGUUCGGCGACCUCGUCGACCUCGCGGCGGACCUGUCGCGCCUCAACGUCGGCGGGCGCGGCCUCAGCGGCAGGAAGUUCUCGCUGUUCCACGAGGUGCCGCGUAUUCUGGCUCUCCUCGCCGCCGUCUUCAAGGACAGACUCGUUUGGUUCGUGGAGAACGCGGCCAGCAUGCCCGACGUCAACGUGGAGCUGAUCUCGGAGGCGCUGCAGGCGAGACCGACGCUGGUGUGCUCGUCGGUGUUCGUGCCGUGCUGCAGGCCGCGCCUGUUCUGGACGAGCUGGGGCGUCUCCGCAUCGGCGCCUCUUCGGCUGACCGAACCCGGGGUCUACAACGAGCUGGUGGGCCCUGGCGUCCUGCUCAUGGACCUCGCGUGGGAGGACGAGGGCCGCUCUUGGCCAGGGAGACCGAGGUGCACCUCCCUAGCCACCAAGGGCUCGCACCCUCAGGACGCCUCCGACGCCAGGGCCUUCCUCCUCGGCAACAGCCUCAGUAUUCACGUCGUGGCAUGGUUGUGCCAGCAAUUCCAGCACCGCCGCGGCGCGCUGAACAGGGAGCUGUCUUUGGAAGAGGGCCAGGCGGCGGCCUUCGUCACGGAGCCAGGGGAGCCGGACGCUGCGGAGGCGAGGCAGCCGGUCCUGCACUACCUCAGCCGCGCGGAGGAGGGCGAGUCGGACGUCAGGCUGGACUACGGCGCCCCCUGCCGCCCGCGAGGUUGGCCAAGGACGAGCCUGAACCCGUUCGUGUGGAAGUGGCGCGUGGUGAUCAGCAUGGUCGGGAAGCGCGGGGGCAGGUUCUUGCACCUCGUCGACAGCCAGGUGGUCGCGGCCAUCGUGACAAGGGGCCGCAGCAGCAGCAGGAAGCCCCAGCCCAUCUUGACGCGCUGGAUGGCCGUCGUCGUGGCGGCCGACAUGUACCCACUGAUCGGCUACGUGGUCUCGUCGUGGCUCGAAGCCCAGGAGGCGAGGGCGACCCGUGCCGCGCGCGCGGCCGCUCACCGCAGGCCCGUGCCCGCGAGGCGCCGCGGGACGGACCCCGAGUACGCCGACGCCCUCGUCGCGGAGUACCUCGAGGGCCUGUGGGCCUUUGGUGCGGGCGUCGCGGCCGCCAGCAACACUCUGGCAGAGGUGUGCUUCGCGGCGCCUCGCCUAAGGCGACACCUCGACCUGAGCUGGACUCCCCUCAAAACAUGGAGGCAGCAUGAGCCAGCGUCCAGGGUGCUGCUGCUCGCGACCCAGGCCGUCGCAGCCAUGACGGGGUUCGCUUGCGCGGCAGGCGCUUUCGACGUGGCCGCCCUCCUUCUCGUCGACCUUGAGGGCAUGCUCCAAGGCGCGGAGGUGUUUGCCCUGACGGUGGGCGACAUCGUCUACCGCAGCGAGCUCUUCGUGGUCCAGAUCAGCUCGUCCAAGACCACGGCUGGCAGGAACUGCGCAGAGGCAGUCGUCGUCCGCAGCCAGAUGGCCGUGGCGCUCCUGCAGAUUGCGGUCCGCAACCUUGGUGCAGGUGCGCGGCUCUCCACCGCACGCCUGUGCAUCAAAGGCGCGGUGGCCGGCUCAGUGCACGCCCAGCCCGGAGCGAGGCAGCCCGCGCCGUUGCGCGAGGACUGCGGCUCCUGCAGCUGGCCACUGUAA